GUUGAAGAUGAUGCUGAAAAAUCAAAUUUACAAAUGGAAAUUGAUUCAGAUGAUCAAGAAAGUCAAGUGUCUGAUAUUAACGAAAGUGAUAAUGAAAUGAUGGAAGUAAACAAUUCGCAAAAAGUUGAAAUCACGCCUUUGCCAAUUUCUAGUGCUUGGAAAUGGGAAGAAGAAAAAAACUGA